UCUCCGUUCCUUGCGCCCCCCUGCCGGUAUUUCUAGUUAACUUCUCUCUCCUCUGCGAAAGUCCCGCACGGAGUGCUUUACUCUGGUGCGCUGGAUAAGGAAGUAUAUUCCGGUGCGUUGGACUAGUAGUAUGAUGUGCUCAGGUCGCGAACGCCCCCAUCAGCGCGCAAGCGGUCGCAUCAUGCACGCCGCAGUUCGUGCGAGCGAGUAUACGACAGCAGCAGCAAUUGCUGCAGCGGCUAGGGUCGUUAUGUUUUUCGCCAGGCGCCUCCCUCCUCGAACGAUGCGACACCUGAGAUACUCGCGUCGCAAGCCCUUGACGGCGACACCUGAGAAACUCGCGUCGCUUGCUCUAAACCCCUCCCGGUUCUCGCUAGAACAGAUGGCAGCACUGCUGAUACUAAUUGUAACCUCCUUCCACGUUUACCCACAGUGCGCCUCAUCCUGAAACACUCACUCCAAGUCGUGCAUGUACGCCCAGUUAGCAUCUCGCGCCUUCUCGCCUCGAGUGCUACUCCUACUCCCACUCCUCCUACUCGAUGUGUCUCUCCUCUACUCAGCAUCCGGACUUUACCGAGUUGUUGCACUGCUGCAGCUAGUGGUAGUGGCAGCGAUACCACAGUUAGGACGCCCGUCGCCGUCGCCGUCGCCAUCGCAGUCGCAAUCGCCGGUGUUAGAAGUGAUCUUUGCCGUCGCUCUCCUUGCAUCAAGCGUUGCGCCAUAGGAUAAACUCUCGCGAUUUGGCCGACUUCAGCGUUUAAAAGUGAACCAUCUCAAGAGUGCAUCUUCCUGGGUUCACUUGGAGCCGCGUCUCGACCGCGUCUCGACGAACCAUGGUGUCAGUCCCCUUCUCCUUCCUCCCCUCCCUCUUCGCUCUCCUCGCUCUCCUCUCCCUCGCCCACCCGUCGCCCGUCGUCGCACAGGCGACCAAUCAGGCGAUCGUCGCGAUCGCAGCGGCCGACAUCGUCGCCGUGCGAGCCGUGCACGCCGCGUUCCUUCCCUCCAUCUUCGCCUGGUUCAACGAAUCCGCGAGCUUCGGGGACGUCGCGCCCACCAGGAUCUACGGUCCAGAUGGCAAGAUCUCCUUCUGCUGCAGCGCCAGAUGCUCCUCGUACUUCCCGAUACAGUGCACCGCGCAAGGCCGCAUCACGGGAUUAUUCACCGGAGACGAAUUCGGCUUCACGGCCCGGCACAACUACCGGUCUACCAACGGUGUUCCGGCGUCGGACCUAGAUCUACUAGGUCAGCCCUUCGGCGAGCUUUCCCCCGCCAUAGGGGAUUUACCGGAGCUCGUCUCCGUGUUUCUCGCGAAUUCCCGCCUCGCCGGCGCGCUCCCGGACUCCCUCUCGCGGCUCCAAAAGCUGGCGGUGCUCGGGGCGCCCGGGAAUAACUUCUCCGGGCCCGUUCCGCGCGGCGUCUUCCGCCUGCCCGCGCUCCGCGUGGUGAACCUGGAGCGGAACAGCCUCUCGGGGGAGCUUCCGGGGGAGGCUGCCGCGCCGGCGGUUGAGGGGGCGGGUGCGGGGAAACUUUCCGCGGAGGUGUAUUCGCGGAGCAUCGAGGCGCUCCUGCUGCGCAGCAACCGCCUGUCGGGGGAGAUUCCGCGCGCCAUAACGCAGAUGACCGCGCUCACGCGCCUGGACGUCGGCGCGAAUCGCCUCUCCGGCGGUAUUCCCAAGGAGCUCGCCUCCUUUCCGCGCCUCGACGUCGCGCGCUUCGACGAGAACGAGCUUACGGGACCAUUCUGCCAGGCGAUUCUGCCCGCACGGGAAGUCUGGGUGGGGUUUAACGAUUUCGGCGCGGAGGAAAAUGCCUUUCACGGCUGCGCGCUGCCCGCGCAAGUGCACCUGCUGAGCGCGCCUCGCGCGGGGCUGCGGGGAAGCAUCCCGGUCAACUAUUUCCUGCAAGUCAACGCGUCGGGGCGCUUCCCUCUGGGUCCAUCUUGUUGGGGCGCGGUGUAUAGGCCGCUGCGCCUUCACCUGAACCUGAGCGGUAACAGCCUCACGGGCAGCCUGAAAGGUUUCUCCGUGCCCGAGAUCGCCGUUCUGGACCUGUCCCACAACGGUUUCACGGGCAGCAUUCCGGAAGUUUUCUACGAGUCUUUGUUUGCGGCAAGCACACAGGACCACCGCCUAGACGUCCGGUUCAACCAACUUUCUGGUCCGGUGCAGAAGUGGUGGUUGAACGGCGACUAUGACUGGGAUAAGCUGCGAGUUAAUAACAACAGCGAGCACAUGGCGCGGGCCGUGGGGAAAGGCUGCUUGCCGGCACCGACUCCUGGCGUCCAGCCCUCUGCUGCCGAGACUGCUGCGCUGCUGGCAGCUGGCGCAUCACCAGCAGUGCCAGGCGAUGGUGGAAUGACGUCUUGGGCGUCAUUACUGAAGAGCUGGGACCUGGACAGCAGCACCCCGUGCGCAUGGUACGGCGUGGGGUGCUCUGCAGACGGCCAUGUGGACACCCUGCACCUGCUGGGCGGGGAAAAUGUCACCAUGCAUGACGGCUUCCUCCCUGAAUCAGCCGAGUGCGAGACUGAUUCACAUUGUAACUGGGCGUGCGAUAAAACCCCGCCCGAGUUCCCUUCGCCAGUCCGUUUCUUUGUGGACGGUUUGUCUGGGGGGGUUGGGUCUCUCUCUGCUGCUUUGGGGGAGCUUACUCAUCUCACUUCGCUCCGCAUCUCCCACCACACUCUCUCCGGCUCGCUCCCUCACUCCCUCUCCCUCCUCACCAACCUUGUCUUUCUCGAUCUCGGCUCCAACCGCCACCUCUCCGGGCCCAUUCCUUGCUCCCUCUACACCAUAUCCUCGUUACAAGAGCUCAACCUCCAGGAGAACAACCUUACAGGGGCUCUCAUCCCGGACAGCAGCGCCUCGAUAUUGUCGCCCUCGUUAGAGUCACUGGACGUGGGCGGGAAUGCUCUAUCCGGGCCCAUUCCGGCAAGCAUCGGGGGCCUGACGUCCCUCUGCCACUUGGCUCUGGACCGCAACGAGCUGCAGGGCAGAAUGCCAAGGCAGCUUGGCGCGCUGUGGAUGCUGAGGGAGCUGCUGUUGCAGGGGAACCUUCUCCAGGGCGACCUCACAGCUCUUGCUGCUAGAUUUGACCCUCCUGCUGCUGCUGCUGCUGCUGCUGCUGUUGCUGCUGGUUCAGGUGCAGUCUCUGCUGCAGCCAGGUCCAGUCCGCCUACUGCGUUGUGGGGCCUAGGAGGGCUGUUCCCUCUGCUUACCUCCCUAGACCUCUCCAGCAACCAGCUCUGCGGCAACAUCCACACUCUAUCCCCUCUCCCCCCCACUCUCAGCGUCUUCAACACCUCGUUCAACCAGCUCUCGGGCUCCAUCCCCCCAAUUUCUAACAGGUCAGCCUGUGCGGUUGGCGUCUCCCACAACAGAAUCACUGGGACUCUGGACGAGAUGCUGAGUGGGAGGCCACGGCUGAAAGUGCUGCGCGUGUCGCACAACCAGAUCUCGGGAACCAUCCCUGCAACUCUGGCGGUUCAUGCCGAGCUGGACCUCUCGCACAACCUCCUCUCCGGCAGCAUUCCCAGCGGAAUACGUCUGGCUUAUGGGGUCGGCGCCGUCGACUUGUCGUACAACAAGCUCACCGGUUCGAUCCCUGGAAUCUACGUGGUACACAUCAGGCGACUGGAUGUCUCUCACAACUGGCUGGACGGGGAUUUCCCGUUGCUGGGCUUUACUCUGGAGCACCUGAAUGCCAGCUGGAACAGAUUUUCAGGUGUUUACUCAGGUGCCUUCAGUUUCACCAGCGAGACAUUGACAGUUGUGGAUAUUAGCCAUAACCGGAUCCAGGGGUCCCUCCUCCCGCCCACGCUCUGUUCGCUUUGCACUCACAUGGACCUCUCGUAUAACCUCUUCUCUGGCAGCAUCCCCCCUCAGCUUUCCCCCCCGGACUCCCCUCUCUCUUACCUCAACCUGAGAAACAACCUGCUGUCUGGGCCGCUUCCACUGGCUCUCACCCAAGCCCCAGCCCUCACCCACCUGGACCUCUCGGGGAACAAGCUCAAUGGUUCUUUACCUUCCUUUUGCCAGGAUCAGCAGCAAAAACUCAACACUCUACUCCUCUCCUCCAACUCCUUUUCUGGUGCCCUCUCCCCUCUCCUCUCCGCCUCCUCUUGUACCUCCUCCCUCCUCUCCCUCAGUCUCUCCCGCAACCAGCUCUCCGGCCCAAUUUCCGAAUCUAUCUCCCUCUUCACCGCAUUGCACUCCCUCGUAGCCUCGCGCAACCGCAUCAGCAGCAGCAUCCCUGCAGAGCUGGCAUCGCUCGAGUCCAUGCAAGAACUGGACUUAUCUUGGAACGGUUUGUCAGGAGUCAUUCCACCACUGCUAGGCGCUGCUACUCCAUCCAUGGGUAUUCAGCUGGCGGGUAACUCCCUCUCUGGCUCUGUCCCUCAGGGCCUUUCUUAUUUGCGAGUGGCUUCUUUUCGCCCCGGAAAUGCUAAGCUGUGCAGCAAGCCUUUGCCAGCUUGCAAGAAACCAUCCAAGUCAAGGAAGGGCAAGUGGUAGAUGCCAGAAUGAAGGGUUGUUGCUGCUGUGUGCUACUUUGUGGUGUGGGCUGGGUUGGAAUUUCCUGGUGGGGUUUGUGAUGUACACGCAUUUAUGAUUUUUGUU